UUUUACCAGACUCCUGUUGAAUUUUAACUUUUUAAUAUCAAACUAAAGAGCCGGCGUAAGCCUACCAUUACUGUAAAGGUUUGAGCUCACACAUAGAGUUGAUGGAUUUAACUUUAUGUUUCAUCAGUGGAAAAACUUGAACAACUUCCUACUUAAUCAGCCACAGGUAGCUUCAUUAGUUUUCCUCCGUUAAAUCACUCCUCUAAACACAAUGACUUCUCUCCUCCUGCCGUGCCUUAGCUGGAUAAGUAGAUUUAGCUUGGAUGGGUUCCUCUUGAAAUGGAAAUCCUGGGAGUCCUGUCCAGCCCUUCCUGAAUGUCAGUAAUUACUUACUUCUCCUGAGACUCAGCGGACCGACUCUUUCCUGUAGCCCGUAAACUCUUAUGUAGAGGGGGUUUGUGUAUAAUUAGCAUGUAAAUAUGCAGAGGGGGAAAUUAUUGUUUUUCCAAGAAAUCCAGCCACCCUUUGAGGUUUGACUUGUUGUGUUGAGCCUUAAAUGGUGUGACACUACUGCCAUCUCUUGGUGAGUCACUGAGAGCUGCUCAGGACUUGUCCUUACAUGUCUGUUGGAGAUUAUGUCCGGGCAUGUACCAGUAGACUGAAGCAGUAGGACUCACUGAGUCACUGGCUGCCUUAUAAAAGGCUGCCCACUGACAUCAGGCAGUUAGUUCAGGAGGUUCAAAGCGAUCGCAACGAUGUGCAGAGUAAUGGCUUCUCACAAGCGGAUCCUGAGCUGCCUGGGGAACGGGCCGGCCCGACGAAACCUGUUCGGCCCCGUGGACCGGGAGCAGCUGCAGGCGGAGUACCGGGCCGCCCUGCACAAAGACUUGGAGGAGGCGUCGGAGCGCUGGGGCUUCGACUUCAUGUCGGACAAGCCCCUGGAGAGCAGUGAUUUCCAGUGGGAGGGCGUCCAAGGCGCCAGGGUGCCGCUGCUCUACAGGUCCUGCGUGCUUGACCCCAGAGGGGUGGAAGGUCCGAAGGCUGCGGAGGCGACGGCUGCUCCCAAGGCAGGGAGGAGUGAGAAGGAGAACAUCCCUUGUAUGCCGGAGAGGUGUGCUGUCAAGGCCGAGGCCCUGGAGAAAACGCCGGAGAAAAGAGGGCACACAGGGUUGAAGAGGAAACAGACAAACCUCACAGAUUUCUAUCAGGCCAAAAAAAGAGUGGUCGGGACGCCGCGCAAAUCCGGCCAGUGAUAUCCAGAUCGUCCCGCUGUGAAGGUGCCAAUAUUCAAGGAGGAACACACAGACUCUCAGGAAUCAUUUCGUGAUCUGCACAGACUCUGCACAGGCGCUCACCAGGAAGUACCCAGUGACUCAUCAGACAACAGAAGGGACCUCAGCUACAUUACUAUAAGGAUAAUUAGGGUACCGUGUUCUCUCUGAGGGUCUUGGUGUUUUUCCCAGCGGUAAGAAGGGGACGUUUGAGCAGAGAAGAUUAACACUAAUCUCUCAAAUCGGUGGAUUUACACUCAUUUGGAUGAAGGCGUUGCCAAAGUGCUGACUGACGUUUCCUACUGUAGAAUCCACAGCGCUGAAAAGGUGGCUCAGCUUUGCAGGAAUUUUUGUACACUCUUGCAGCCUGCAGAUACGAUUGUUUAAAUUAUUCUGCCUCGUAAAGAAAUUGAGCAGUGCCUACGACAGCGCUGCGGGAUGACUUUUAGUAAAUGGAGGAAGCGCUUUGGCUCCUUUAUUCACAUCCACUACUGUGUUUCUUUUCUUAAUGUAUAUCACAAGGGCUCCGAGUCAUGUUUUUUUUAUACUUUUUAAAGUGUAUUAUCCUUUCUAUAUCCGAGCUGUACAAAUCGUGCUUUAUGUACCAUCAUGCUUGAAGAGUUGUGAUAUCUUGAACAUGCAGUUGCUUUACUUAGAAUUUUUAAAAGACAGAAGUGCCAUCAUGUCCUCCUCCAUCCUCUCUACUGUAUGUCGUUAGAUUUUUAAAGCACCACAGCCGCUGCCCUGUCCAGGCUCUUACCAUUCCAACAGCACCAUAUAUUAUAGGUUAGUGUAAGUGUAGCACACCUUAAAAAAAAAAAUAAAAAUAUAUAUAUAUGUGAGAGAUUUAUCUAUAGAGUUUAAUAUAGCAUGGUUAAGUAGCAUGAUCACAGAAACAUUGCAGUAUUGCACAUAAAUCUGAGGGCGAUGCACGCAAAAGCACUCAGUGACAAGUGCCUUUACUGACUUUUGUUUCCGUAAACGAAGCUCCAUUUAGGACAAUCAUGUGUUCAGUAUUGUCAGAAGCUAAUGUGUUAUCUGCUGUUCUUUUCUAUGUGGAAGUACGGCGCAAUUCACCAGACAACGUCUUAUGAUCUGCCUCAAAGCAAACAUUUGUUCACGACACUUGUUCACGGCUGUGUUGGCAAAUCCUGCUGCUAUGGGUAAUCUGGAUGGGCGUCAAUCAGGGUCACUGUAACGCUAAUCCUGUAACAGGCCGACAUCUUUGUUUUUUUUGUUUGUUUGUUUAAAUAUACAUGUUCACCACCACAAAUGCUACCAACCCAGUGUCCACAGAAUUACCCCCCAAAACAAUGAAAGCACUUCUGUUUGUAGAUAGACGCUUGUUUUAUUGUUUUAUGUUGAAAAGCUACAAAUGAAAAAGAUUUAUCCUUAUUUAUUACGUUAAUGUAGGUUUUGUUUAAUUAUUAUGAAAAUUACAAAUUCCAAUAAAACUGUAAAAAUGAA